AUGGAAUGGACACGAGGUCCCAUCAUAGGCAGGGGCUCCUCCGCCACAGUCUCCGUCGCCACCACUUCCACCGGCGAUCUUUUCGCCGUCAAGUCCACCGAACUUUCUUCUUCUAGCUUUUUGCAAAAAGAGCAGUCUAUAAUUUCACAACUCAGCUCUCCUUGUGUUAUCAGGUGUUUAGGUUCUCAAAUUACUUGUGAGGAAGAAAAUAAACCUAUUUAUAAUCUUUUUUUAGAGUAUGUUCCCGGCGGAGCAUUAUCCGAUGAAGUCAGAAAGCAGGGGGGUUCGUUGGAUGAGUCUAUGAUUCAAUUCUAUGCACAUCAAAUGAUCCGAGGAUUGGAUUAUCUUCAUCUGAGUGGAGUAGUGCAUGGAGACAUCAAGGGUCAGAAUAUUUUGAUUGGAAAAGAUGGUCUCAAAAUUGCAGAUUUUGGUUGUGCUAAAUUGAUACAAGAAGAUAACGAUGCCAUUGCCGGAAAAUCAAGAUUUUCUGGCACACCGGCGUACAUGGCACCAGAGGUUGCCCGUGGUGAAGAACAAGGAUUCCCGGCUGAUAUUUGGGCUCUGGGAUGCACAGUUAUCGAAAUGGCCACCGGAUGCACUCCAUGGUCGGAAAUUCAUGAUCCGAUAUCAGCUAUGUACAAGAUUGGAUGUUCCGGUGAGGUACCGGAAUUUCCAAGGUGGUUGUCUAAUAAGACUAAGGACUUCUUAAGCAAGUGCUUAAUACGAGAUGCAAAACUCCGGUGGACAGCGAAAGAACUUCUUGAACACUCACUUUUCCAUGGAUUUGUAAAUAAUUGUUGGGAAUUCAAAAGGGAAUCUCCGACCAGUGUAUUGGAUCAAGGCUUUUGGGAUUCAUUUGAGACCCCGGAAUAUUCUUUCAGGAAUCAGCCCGUGCUCGCUUCAUCUUCUUACUCUCCGGCAGAUAGAAUCAGCUGUUUGAUAAGAGAUGCUUCAAAUUUACCAAAUUGGGCAGAGGAAGAAGACUGGAUUACAGUCAGGAGAAUUGACUUUGAAGAAAAUCUUGAACUUCAAGAGAACAGCUGCAGUUUCAUUCAAGAUUAUGAUGAAGAAUUGAUUUUUAAUGCAGAAUCUUUUGUAUUUAUGACUGUUAGUGAAGAGGAAUUUCUAAUCUCAAUUGCCAUUACAGAUUAUGACAUUAGCAUUAUUGAUAUUCUUAACUAUGAAAGUAUUAAAGAUGUGUAUGUAUCAAGAAUUCUUGAUUUUGAAACAUUAUCAGUAAAACUAUCUUCCCGAUUUUUGGUACAGGCUAUCCUCUUUUUCCCCUUCUAA